CCCUCCUGCUGCUGCUACAUAUUGGGCUGCUGUAACCUGGUAGUCAGAGUCUAUCAUUGUUUAAACCUGGAAUCUGAAGAUCCCUCACUUGAUCUUGCUUCUGUGCAUAACCUCUGAGAUCAAAUAUCAUGAGUGGAGACAAGAAGUCCCGUUCUGUUAUCUACAAGAAAACCUCCCGUGAUAAGGCUGUGAGUGUAUAUCUCGGUAAAAGGGAUUAUGUCGAUCAUAUAGAGUCUGUGGAUCCAGUAGAUGGUGUUGUUUUCGUGGAUCCUGAUCUUCUUAAGGGAAAAAAAGUGUAUGUCACCCUAACUUGUGCAUUCCGCUAUGGUAAUGAGGAUAUUGAUGUCAUUGGCUUGACAUUCCGCAAGGAUCUCUUCUUUGCACGUACACAGGUGUAUCCCCCUGUAGAAGAUGUAAAAUCCCUCACAAAGGCCCAAGAGCGGCUAAUGAAGAAGCUGGGGAAUAAUGCAUAUCCUUUUGUGAUGGCGUUUCCUGAUUACCUGCCAUGCUCAGUAUCUCUUCAGCCAGCUGUGUCAGAUGUGAACAAGGCAUGUGGUGUGGACUUUGAGAUCAAAGCAUUUUCAGCAAGCAACUUAGAGGACAGAUAUCACAAAAAGAACUCUGUGCGACUAUUGAUACGCAAAAUCCAAUAUGCCCCUCAUCAACCUGGGCCUACACCUCGUGCAGAAACCUCCUGGCAGUUCUUUAUGUCAGACAAACCUCUGCACCUGACAGCUUCCCUGGCCAAGGAGGUGUUUUAUCAUGGAGAGACAAUUACUGUGGCUGUAACUGUGACCAACAGUUCAGAGAAAACAGUCAAGAAAAUAUCUACUUCAGUGGAGCAAACUGCAAAUGUGGUGCUGUAUUCUAGUGACUUCUACACCAAGACUGUGGCUUUUGAUGAAUCUGAUGAAAAGGUAUUACCAAAGUCCACUUAUAAACACACCUUCACCCUUCUGCCUCUUCUGGCAUAUAACCGAGAGAAGAGGGAAAUUGCUCUUGAUGGCAAACUUAAACAUGAGGACACCAAUCUGGCAUCUAGCACUCUUUUAAAGGAAGGCAUUGAUCGCACUGUCAUGGGAAUCUUAGUGGAUUACAAGAUUAAAGUGACUCUCACUGUCUCUGGCUUAUUGGGAGACAUGACUUCAAGUGAGGUCUCGACAGAACUCCCUUUCAUCCUCAUGCAUCCAAAGCCAGACAGUGGAGCUAAAGAAAGUGAACAGGAAGAAGAUUUUGUAUUUGAAGAUUUUGCACGUGAUCAACUUAAAGAUGAAUUGCAACCUGAAGAGAAAGAGGAAGAGGAAGAAGAUGAGAAAUGAGUGGAAAGUGAAACUCCUCAAUGUAUUUUUAUAUCCUCUAACUUACGUUGCAGCUUAUCACUUCAUCACCUUUCCACUACAUAGGAGAAAUUUGAAACAGGAAUAAAACCCUAAAUAGUAUACAGUAUAAUUUAAUGCUUGAUUUUCUUUGGGUGUUGUAUCCGCAUUUAUAGAUAUAUUAAAUGACAUUCUUGUCCCUUUAAACCAUUACAAGUGAAAAGUAGAAAUACGAGACCCACUCUAAAAAAAAAAAAAAAAACAAUGGAAUCCGCAUAUAGAUUAGGGGGCCGGACGCAUGGAUGGGGGGCAGCACCCCUAAUGGACGGGCCACCACUGGUGAUACGCUACAAACAUUAAACAAUAAAGAUGUUUGUUUUUAGUUUUCUAGUUGAGAAAUAUAAAUAUACACAAUGAAAAAAUAGAUACACCUUAUGGAAACGGUACACUUUUUCAAAAGGUUUGAACAAGCAAAUCGAUUUUUAUUCAAACAGUGCUUACGGAUAAAGGUGAUAUUCAUGAAUAAAAAUUCCAAGAAAAA